CACUAUUUAAGCUUUUGGCGUGUAUAUCAGCCAAGGAACCUCGCUAGCACAGAAUGUAUGUAUCUAUUCAGAUCAGUUAAACCCACUCGAAUAUUUAGCUUUCCUGGAUAGAAAUAACAACGCCUGGCAAAACGAAAAUAACUCUGGUAGUAGAAUAUUCCAGAAUAAUAAUAAUUUCCCGUCCUGAACAAUUCCCACGGCUUUCCUAUUGUUAUUGGCACAGCCUUGAACACCCACUUCUUACCCAUGGCGCCUAAGCUUGAAGUUCGAUCUCUACAUCACCUGCGGCAGACAUAUCAUACCUCUCUCCAUGAUUUCAUUUCAUCUUCAGAUGGUUUCCGGGUCCUGGAUACAGUGCCCGCAAACAAACUCCAGGCAGGACAGCCAACCAAGCUCUAUGUGUUGGACUCAUCUUUCAACCCUCCAACAAAAGCCCACCUCAGCAUCGCCAAAUCAGCCCUGCGCCAGCAUGAGUACAUACCAGCUGUCAGACUCCUGCUUCUUCUUGCUACACAGAAUGCCGACAAGCCUUCCAAGCCGGCUUCAUUUGAGGAUCGACUCGUCAUGAUGCGGAUAUUUGCCGAAAACAUUCAGGCCGCCGUCACCCAAGCCAUCGUCAGCCGUGAUAAUGCUCAGGGAGGCCAACAGAGCGCACCAACUGUCGAUAUCGGAGUAACCAAGUUACCAUACUUUAUAGACAAAGCGGCGGCUAUUUCCACAUCGGAUUUCUAUCCAGGUUCGCCUGAACAGAUUCUCCUUACGGGAUACGAUACACUAGUUCGAAUCCUUGAUACCAAAUACUAUCCCCCCGAACAUACUCUUCAGCCCCUAGGCAAGUUCUUCGGCCAGCAUAGAUUAAGAGUGACGUUCCGGGAAGAUUCGGAGUGGGGCCGGCGAGAGGAUCAGGAAUUAUUCCUACAAACUCUAGCCCAAGGGGCCCGGGAACACGAUGGAGGUAAGCGAGAAUGGGCUGAGCGUAUCGAACUGGUUGAGGGGGGGAAACCUGGGGAAGAAGCUGUGAGCUCAACGAAAGCUAGAAAUGCGGCGAUGAAUAACGAUGUCGAUGCCCUAGAAAGAUUUGUCACGCCCGAUGUUUGCGACUGGGUAAUAUCCCAGCGCUUGUAUGUUAGUUCAUGAAUGUGAUGGUUUUGAAUGACGCGAUUUACUCUAUCUACGCAUCCUCUCGUCUACUCGUCUACGUACUUCCUUUAGGCCGGCUCUUUUCCGCAGGGCAUUAAGAGUAACGGGCGGUUGCAUCCCUCUUCUGGAUGAAGGAGGAAUAACGGUGAUAUCUAGACAUUGACGUUACGAUAAUGGUUCAAUGACCCGUAAGACUGCUCAUGCAAUCCCGAUAACAAACACUGGUCGAGCCUGCACAAUGACACACUGGUCGGCCAAGGUAUUAAAAGCUCGUGGAUUCUACAACCGAUGUGAAUACCAGCUUAAAGCCAUCCAAUAUAUACAUGAACCACACGUUGCAGAAAACCAGAACCCAGCCCGAAAACAUGCCCAUAACACCAUCAAUGCCAUAGCUAUGAAGUUAAUCCAUACUUAAAAAAAGGGGGUCCAAAAUGCCUCCACAAAUGCUUCUGACUUCUGGUUGCUCAAACACUUAACCCCUCUCCAUCUUCAUCCCUCCUCUUCCCAAGCAUAUAAACCAACCCACCACUAACCAUAUUGGUAAACCCCAACCCCAUAGCAGCACCCCUCACAAUCCCUCUAGCGUUCCACUUUUUCAUGAAUGGUUGCUUCCUCUUCGCGGCCAGGAGCAAAUAUAAACCCGACCAUGCGGCACUCACG